CAACAAUCUUGUUUACUUUUCUGAAUCAAAUAUAUAAACCCUCUCUUUUAAGUUAACUUAAAUCCCUUUCUUCCUCGCUUCGUCUUCACGCGCUUCUUCCUUCAUCCAUUUCCAAGGUCGUCAGCAUAUAAUCAAUCAGACAAUCACACGGAGGAAGCUCUACAGUACAGAUCAUCAAGCAUGUCUAUGUCCGAUUCUGAUUCCUCUUCUUCUUCUUCUUACGCUGCCGACCACAAAAGUUUCAAGCAAAUUACCCGCGAACGAUUAUUACAUGAAAUGCUAAGGUCAGCAAAAACAGGUGAUUCGAAAUCGACUUGGAAGGUACUUAUAAUGGACAAACUUACUGUAAAGAUAAUGUCUCACUCAUGCAAGAUGGCCGAUAUCACCGAUGAAGGCGUCUCAUUGGUUGAAGACAUAUACAAGAGAAGGCAGCCCUUGCCCACAAUGGAUGCUAUAUAUUUCAUCCAGCCAACAAAAGAGAAUGUAAUUAUGUUUUUGUCAGACAUGUCUGGAAAGACACCCUUAUACAGGAAGGCAUUUGUUUUCUUCAGCUCAACCAUUCCUCGAGAAUUAGUUAUGGAGAUUAAGAAAGAUACAAGGGUGUUGCCCCGAUUAGGUGCACUGAAAGAGAUGAAUUUGGAGUAUUUUCCCAUAGACAGCCAGGGAUUCAUGACGAACAAUGAGAGAGCUCUGGAGGAGCUAUUUGGGGAUGAAGAGAAUAAUCGCAAAGGUGUUGCAUGUUUGAAUGUGAUGGCUCUGCGGCUUGCUACAGUGUUUGCUUCGUUAAGAGAAUUUCCUUUUGUUCGCUUCCGUGCUGCCAAGACACUAGAUCCAAUGACAAUGACUACUUUCCGUGAUCUUAUUCCCACAAAAGUUGCUGCUGGAGUGUGGGACUGCCUUAUGAAAUAUAAAAAAACUAUACCCAAUUUUCCUCAGACAGAGACUUGCGAGUUGCUCAUUCUUGACAGAUCUCUUGAUCAGAUUGCCCCUGUGAUACAUGAAUGGACAUAUGAUGCCAUGUGUCAUGAUUUGCUGAAUAUGGAAGGAAAUAAAUAUGUUCAUGAAGUUCCUGGCAAAGAUGGGGUACCACCUGAGAGAAAAGAGGUUCUUUUGGAGGAUCAUGAUCCUGUAUGGCUUGAGCUUCGCCAUGCACAUAUUGCAGAUGCAAGUGAAAGGUUACACGAGAAAAUGACCAACUUCAUUUCAAGAAACAAAGCAGCACAAAUCCAACAUGGAUCAAGAGAUAGUAAAGAAAUGUCAACAAGGGACUUGCAAAAGAUGGUCCAAGCACUACCACAAUACAGUGAACAAAUUGACAAACUCUCUCUCCAUGUAGAGAUUGCAGGAAAAAUUAAUAGCAUCAUUAGGGAGACAGGACUGCGGGAACUUGGGCAGCUGGAGCAAGAUAUUGUUUUCGGAGAUGCAGGAAUGAAAGAUGUCAUCAAAUUUUUUACUACUAAAGAAGACGCUACUCGUGAAAAUAAAUUGCGCAUGAUAAUGAUUCUUGCAGCUGUUUAUCCCGAGAAAUUCGAGGGAGAAAAGGGUAGAAAUUUGAUGAGGGUAGCACGGUUGACAGAUGACGAUAUAACCGCUGUGAAUAAUUUGAGAAUGCUUGGGGGACAGCCAGAUACCAAGAAAAGUUUGACUGCUGCUUUCGGUGGUCUUAAAUUUGAUAUCCAUAAGAAGAAGCGUGCUGCAAGGAAAGACCGUGCUGGUGAAGACGAGACAUGGCAACUAUCUCGCUUUUAUCCCAUAAUAGAGGAACUUAUUGAAAAACUUGCGAAGAAUGAUUUGUCAAAGGAAGAUUAUCCAUGUCUGAAUGAUCCAAGUCCAACAUUCCAUGGUUCACCAUUUGCUGGGGCUGCAAACCCAGUUCCUCCACCUCAGUCAAUGAGAUCAAGACGAACACCAACUUGGGCUCGACCACGUGGCUCCGAUGAUGGAUAUUCAAGUGAUUCGGUGCUAAGA